AACUACCAAAUGGAGCUUCAGCUCAAAUUGAAGCUUAACUUGGAAGCUUCCGUUUCCCUACAACCACCGAUUCAAUGGGGUAUUAGUCCUUCCAAGAUGUCUAUUCCCGGCCUUGGGCAGAUAGCCCCGCAGCAACCCACACCAUCGACGACCCGCACAAUAACCCUCCGCCCCUUCUGGGAAUGGCGCUUCCAAGUGCCCCGCAGCUCAUCGACGACCAACGCGGCCGCCGGCGCCACCGUCCGCCUGAUCUCGGGCACCGCCGAGCGCGACGGCACCGAGUUAGCCCUCAACCGCGCCUAUACCUUCCCGCGCAACACCCAGUCCAAGCUGCUGACCUACACGGGCGCCACGCUCGAGGUGAGCGGCGACGUCGUCGACCGCGUCGCGCAGUACGCGGCGCCCGAGGACUCGCCGCAGCUGAUGGUGCUGAAUCUGCAUUUUGCGCUGCAGGAGCUGAGGGCGGCUGCUUCGAAGAAUAGGAGUCAGAAUAAUCAUCUUGAUGAUAAUAAUGGGGCGGGAGCGGCAGUGGGGUCUUCAUCGAUGCCAGCACCAGGGCCAAGGGUUAUGAUUUGCGGGGAGAAGAGCAGUGGCAAGACGAGCGUUGUGAGGACGCUGGCGGCGCUCGCGACGAGGGCUGGCGGGCAGCCGCUGGUGGCGAGCGUCGAUCCGAGCGAGGGCUUGCUGGCGCUGCCGGGGACGGUGAGCGCAGCCCUGUUUGGGACGGUGAUGGAUGUUGAGGACCCUGCUGGCGGGUUUGGCGUCAACGGGACGCCCAGCAGCGGCCCAAGUGCGGUGCCGGUGAAGCUGCCGAUGGUGUAUUAUCUUGGAAGGGAGAGGGCGGAGGAGGACGUGCCACUGUGGAAGGACUUGGUGAGCAAGUUGGGGAGCUCGGUCAGGGCCAAGCUUGCGGCGGAUGAGAUGGUGAGGGAGACGGGGUUGGUGUUGGAUACGCCGGCGAUGACCGUGGCGAAGGCGGAUAUGGAGAAUUUGGUUCAUGCUGCGACUAAGUUUGCGGUGAACAUUGUGAUUGUCAUUGGCUCGGCGAAACUCCACAAUGAAUUGCAGCGCCGCCUGGGAAACGAGCGAACGGCACAUGGCGAAGCGAUCACCUUCACCCUGCUCGACAAAUCUGAGGGGGUGGCGGAACGGGACAAGGAAUUUAUGAAGUUUGCUCGUGAAGCAGCGAUCAAGGAGUACUUCUUCGGUGAUGCCAAGAGGACGCUGAGCCCGUUCACGCAGUCGGUUGGCUUUGACGACGUGGCGAUCUACAAAAUCCCCGAUGAUUCAGAUUUCUACGACAAUCAGCCAGCUCUCGAGGCUGCGGAGGUGUCUGCGGAAAUGUCUCACUGGACGCUUGCCGUCAUGAAUGCCUCGGUGAACGAUCCACCCGACACCAUCCGACAGGCACCCGUUAUGGGGUUUGUGGCCAUCGCGGAUGUGGACGAAGACAGGCGGCGGCUCAAGAUCCUCUCCCCGGUCAGUGGCCGGUUAGGGAAUAGGCCGAUGGUAUGGGGUCGAUGGCCUGAGCCUUACAUCAACCUGCUUGGGUAGUUGGAUUUAUGUGUGGCAUGGCAGUUGCAUUUCUGUCGCUCUCCACCGGAUGCGGUUGGGUCCGGCGUAAAGGAGGAGGGGACUUUGAAGCUUGGGGAUGGCAAGGCACGCCCAUCAGGCGAAUUUCCUCUCCUGUUGCAUUAGUAAAGAUCACUAAAUUUUAGUGAGAGAUACCCUAGGUUCGACAAAGUCCCAGCAUUUG